AUGACCCUAACUUUCCGACGCCGGGCUCUUUCCUCCCUGGGGGUGCCACCGAUACUACGCAGAGUCCUCUCGCCCGGGCACAUAUGCAAUGCAGGGGACGAGGCAGGCGCAAUGGCCGUCACGGCAUAUACGGGGUCUCGAAGGUGUUCAGCAGAUGUCGGAGGUGUCCUGCCCCGACCCGAGGCCGGGCACCUGCCCAGCGUCGGUCUGCAGGUCUCACUGUCACUCCACUCUAAAUCCACAAAAUUCCAAAGGCCGUAG